UGCAGCAGCAGCAGCUUUCACUCUUGCGACAACACACAGUAGCCUAUAUCUGACUGGUGCGGUCGGUGAAAAAGACGGCGCAUACAGGCUACUGACGGAAAGUCUCGCAAGAACUGUCCAUUGACACCGACGAGUGGAACAUAGUUAUCUUAAGGCGGGCGAAGAAGUCGAAGUAACAGGAUUAACAUCUUUUUUUUUCUUUUGACUAUUCAAAGCAUUUAAAUCCGGUAUUCCAUAAUGGCGACAGCUGCGGUGUCUGCGACUGCUGGCUCCGGGUCGGGAGCCGAGCUGGUCCGUGGGCAGGCCUUCGACGUCGGGCCUCGCUACAGCAACCUCUCGUACAUCGGGGAGGGCGCCUACGGAAUGGUGUGCUCUGCGUACGACCGCGACAACAAGAUCCGGGUGGCCAUCAAGAAGAUCAGCCCCUUUGAGCACCAGACGUACUGCCAGCGCACGCUGCGAGAGAUCAAGAUCCUGCUGCGCUUCAAACACGAGAACAUCAUCGGGAUCAACGACAUCAUCCGGACGCCCACCAUCGACCAGAUGAAGGACGUAUACAUCGUUCAGGAUCUAAUGGAGACGGACCUGUACAAGCUGCUGAAGACCCAGCAUCUGAGCAACGACCAUAUCUGCUACUUCCUCUACCAGAUCCUGAGAGGGCUCAAAUACAUCCACUCGGCUAACGUGCUGCACCGUGACCUCAAGCCCUCCAACCUCCUACUAAACACCACCUGUGAUCUUAAGAUCUGUGAUUUUGGAUUGGCGCGCGUGGCCGAUCCCGACCACGACCAUACGGGGUUCCUAACGGAGUACGUGGCCACGCGCUGGUACCGGGCGCCAGAGAUCAUGCUCAACUCCAAGGGUUAUACCAAGUCCAUAGACAUCUGGUCGGUGGGUUGUAUUCUGGCUGAGAUGUUGUCCAACAGGCCAAUAUUUCCUGGGAAACACUACUUGGACCAGCUCAACCACAUUUUGGGGAUCUUGGGCUCCCCCUCCCAGGAAGACCUGAACUGCAUCAUCAACAUCAAGGCCAGGAACUACCUGCUGUCUCUGCCGCUGCGCUGCAAGGUGCCCUGGAACCGCCUCUUCCCUACCGCCGACCCAAAAGCGCUGGAUCUGUUGGACAAGAUGCUGACCUUUAACCCCCACAAGAGGAUUGAGGUGGAAGAGGCUCUGGCGCACCCGUACCUCGAGCAGUACUAUGACCCCACGGACGAGCCCGUGGCCGAGACGCCCUUCACCUUCGACAUGGAGCUGGACGACCUGCCCAAAGAGACGCUGAAAGAGCUGAUCUUUGCAGAAACGGCCCGCUUCCAGUCCGCCUUCAGGUCCUAACAGCUCACAGCGGUAUGUAGCAUGUCCCCAUGUUGUACGAUAUCACAAGAACAAUUACGCAGAAGCACUCGGAAAAAAAUAAGACCCUUCUCCUAUGUUCUUACAGAUGGCGGGUUUACGAGAUGCCUCUGGACCGGUUUACGAGAUGCCACUGCUUGUCUCAGCCUCAAAUUGCUCUUUUGUGUAUUUUUCUUUCCAUUUCCUCUCUCCCCCGUCCUCCCCGUCCUCCCCUUAUCUGCGUCGCCUGGAUUCCCUGGCUUUCGCCCGCCAAGUCCACUUUGCUCAGGAAUGGCGUCAGGAGUCAAUCAAUCUUCUUCUACUUCUUCUAUGCUUCUCUUCUCUUCGACCAAUCUCACUCUUUUUCACGCUUGCUCUUCUCUACAGGUUACGAUGGCCACACAAUAUGACCAAUAUUGUGGCGCCAUCAAAUGAAGAUGAACAUAAAUUGUUAAUUAACAAUUAAUCAUGUCUGUCAAAGGUUUUUAUUUAUUUUAUUUUUUUCUAAACCGUUGCCUGAUUAACUGAUGGCAAUAAAUUGCAUGCUUUUUCUUAUUUGCAACAUAUUAUUUUGGACCGGGCAGGUUAAAUCUGAAUCAUUUAAAAAUAUAUAUAUAUAUUCAAGUUGGUUCACAUACCGGAAUGGUUACAAUCUCUUGACAGUAAGGAUGAGCAUUUGAGCUAUAGAAGUUCUAUAUUUUUUCAAAUACACGUUUUGAAAAGCAAACAGAUCAUCAUGGUAUCCUUAAGGCUUUAUCGUGUGCGACCUUAGUGGGUUGUCUUUCAUGGUCUCAAAGUGCCAAUUUCUCUCCACUUAGGAAAGAGGUUUCUCUUUUGGUUUCUUUAUUUAGGCCAAUUAUGAUCUCAAGCUUUCCUCUAUGUAGAAGGUUUUACCUAAUUAAACGGGAGACAAUCCAUGCAUCAGCAUAUGAAUUCAGUUAUCCACUGGAACCAGUUUAAAGGAGAUAUAACUCUGCCUCCCAUUGUUUCACGAAUGAAUACAUAUCCUAUAAAUAUCAAAUGUUGCGUUUCUCAUAGUCUCAUCUUGUUGAUACUCACCUCAUUCGAGAGAAUACUGUGCCCUUGCAUGACUGUUAAAAGCUCUGUAUACAAAGACAAUGUUAAGUGCCACCCAAGUAUGCAGUUCCACUAAACCCAGCUACUUUCUUUUACGUUUUUCAUUUCAUCUCUCAAUGACACGGUGCUCGUUUCUUUUUUAGCUUUUUUUUUUUACAAUAUAGUUGGUAUUUUUUUUUCUUACCUUUUGUCAUUGUUGUUCGCUUCUUGUGUGUUCUAUUUUUUUUUGCAGCAUUUGUGUUUUGGUUUUUAGACAAGCUUCUCUAAUUCACAACUGCUGUAUUUCUUUUUACUUCUGUUCUUUAUGUUGCCAUGUUCCAUGGUUUAGCAACUGCAUGCUAAACCAUGUCCCGAAGUGGUUGAAAGGGAGAGUAAGCUGCAUGCUUACAACCCUGCAUAAAUUCAUGUUGUUCCCCGUGCAAGAAAAACUAUGGAAUCCAGGCAUGCUUACUACAAAAAAGUUUGACUCAAUAAGAUAUUUUCAGGUUGCAUAUUUCAUGAAGUCAGUUGUUUUGUUUUGCUUUAAAUUGCACACUUUGGUGUAGAUGUAACUGCAAUGGAUCUGAAGACCAAUAUCCCUUUUUGUUUGACCAAUAAUUGCCUAUUAAUGACUGUGUUCUGUUUAAAUGUUUCAUUUGAAAUGAAUUGAAUCAUGACUGUAAAUAUCGACAUCUUCUCCAAGCAAGGAUCAAUGCAAGAAGUUGCCGACAAUUUAAUUUCUUUACAAAUGGUCCAAAAAAUGAUAUUUCAUAGUAAACCUUGCACUCUUGACUUAUAGCACUCUCAUAUUGAUCACCUUUAGCAUUUUCAUUAACUUAUCGCUGAACAUAAGAUGUAGUCUUAAUAACACUAAAACAUUUUUCAUGCUAGAUUUGGUGGAAUCUACGUAAAUAGAUUCUCUCAGGCUCUAGUGGCAAUUACCCAAAUACAUAUAAAAGUAAAUAACGGUAUGAUAUUAGAAAUGUACGGUAGCUGCUGCUUCGGUAGCUUGCUUUGGAUCAAAACAUGUUCACAAUUUGUACAUGUGGCGCGGUGGGGUAUCGGGUGCUAGCAGUAACAUCGGAUGCAAACAAAUAUGCUUUUUGGUCUAUUGCAUUUCAAGGCCAUAUAUAAAGACGUAUCAGAUGAUUGGUUCAGUCCAUUGUCGAUUUAAACAUACACACACACAGUAUUUACAUUUUGUUUAUAUUUUAACUAUUGUCCCGAUACUUGUGGCACUUGCUGUAUGCAUAUCUCUUUGAUAAAAAAUAACUGAAAUGCACUUGUUUCUACAAUUAUUGCGAGGGGGGGGGACGGGGACGUUAUGUCUGAGAGCUGAUGCCGAUAGACGAGAGCUUGCUUGUAUAUUACAACUGGGUGAGAAGAUUUAAGGGCACUGGGAUACCUAUCCGGGUUAUUCUGUUGUAUAUUAUAAGCUUCUGCUGCAGUUCUUUGUGCAACCUGUCUGUUUUGUGCCUUCUUAAAUAGUCUUGUUAUCCAAGAUUCAAUGUGCAGCUUUCGUUCGGUCAGGAAUCUGUUGUAUUUGCUUUAAAAGAAUAACUAAAAUAAUCAAAUAAAUGGGGAGGGAGGGGUUGGAUUGGGGUCAUCCUUUUAUCCUUCAGUUUUGUCAUUUUAAAUAGAUUUGAUGACAUAAUUGAGUGAUUUUGUGCUUGUGAAUUAAAAAUAUUAAAAUGAAAUAUUUGUAUUUUAAUUUUGCCCUUUUUUUUGUGCAAAUAUUUUGAUUGUAAAAUGAAUGUUAUGUUUCUAUCAGACGCUAAUCUUGUUGAAUUUUACAAUUGAACUAGUUAUCUCUGUACGUUCUGAUUGGUAUAACAUGUAAUUGUGUAGUCAACAAAUUAAAUGGAAGUCCUGGUUGUAUUUCAAAAAAUUUUGUUUCACCUGUCAUAGAAAGGAUUUAAACUUAUUGGUCAGUUACAUCUUUGCGGUCAUGUGAAGGACUCAACUUGAACAAACAAUUGACUUGGCUAUUAUUAAAGACUGACUGCCACUUA